AUGCUUAACGGGGACAUGGAUUGGAAUGAUAUACCCACUCCCGAUUCGACCCAUUACCACCACUCGUCACUCGCUCUCACACCCUCAAGCCGCAUCAUCUAUCUCCAUAUUCAGCUCUCAAUUGGUGCUGCCUUUAUCAAAUCGCAGAGCUGCUUGGGGAUAAUUAACUCUAUGUAA